AUGAAGCACUGCGCAAAUGGACAGCAGUUGCUGGUUUUUUAUGUCUCCACCACGAACAUGAUGGGGUUCCACAAGGGACUCUCGAAAAAGAUUCCCCUCAGCGACCUCGUCCGUCCACUUUCACCCCGUUGCAUCCUCGCCCCCAAUCCUCGAAUUUGCCCGCCAUUCACUGCAUCGUCAUCCUUUCGAUUCUCUUCCGGCCUCUCUCCCGGCCUCUCCUCGCACGCAAUGUCUGAAAUCACCCACCCCACCAUCAAGGAUGGCUGGUUCCGCGAAAUCUCCGACAUGUGGCCCGGCCAGGCCAUGACCCUCAAGGUCGAAAAGGUGCUGCACCACGAGAAGAGCAAGUACCAAGACGUGCUCGCCUUCAAGUCGACCGACUACGGCAACGUCCUCGUCCUCGACAACGUCAUCCAGUGCACCGAGCGCGACGAGUUCUCGUACCAAGAAAUGAUUGCCAACCUCGGCUUGAUGUCCCACCCCAACCCGAAGAAGGUUCUCGUCAUCGGCGGCGGCGACGGCGGCGUCCUCCGCGAGGUUGUCAAGCACGACUGCGUCGAGGAGGCCAUCCUCUGCGACAUUGACGAGGCCGUUCCUCGCGUUUCCAAGCUCUUCCUUCCCGAGAUGGCCGCCGGCCUCACGCACGCCAAGAGCACCGUUCACAUCGGCGACGGCUUCAAGUUCCUGGCCGACUACAAGAAUACCUUUGACGUCAUCAUCACCGACUCGUCCGACCCCGAGGGCCCCGCCGAGUCCCUCUUCCAGAAGCCGUACUUCCAGCUCCUCCACGACGCACUUCGCGAGGGCGGCGUCAUCACUACCCAAGGUUCCGAGAACCAGUGGCUCCACCUGCCGCUCAUCACCCAGCUCAAGAAGGACUGCAAGGAGAUCUUCCCCGUGGCCGAGUACGCCUACACGACGAUCCCCACCUACCCCUCGGGCCAGAUCGGCUUCAUGGUCUGCUGCAAGGACGCCAACCGCGACGUCAAGACGCCCCUGCGUCGCUGGACCGUCGAGGAGGAGGAGCAGAAGUGCCGCUACUACAACGCCGAAAUCCACAAGGCCAGCUUCGUCCUGCCUACCUUUGCCAAGAAGGCACUUCGAUAG